UUGUCAAAACUGUCAAACUUACAGCCAUGUGGUAGUAGUUUUGUGAAUAUUUCAAAGUUUUAGCCAAAAGCAUUGUAUUAAAUGGUACACAACGACGAUGGAUUACGUUGUAGGCAAUGUGGCUGCUUUAAUAGCCGGUAAUGUUACACCAAACCGACCUAAACUCUCCAAAAAAGCUUUAACUCCGAUAAAGCAUAUGCCUUCACCGAACGUAACACCUAAAAGCGAAUUAGUUGACGAUAGAUCUAUAUUCCUGUCGCCCUCGGUACAGAAAAAGAAGGCUAUGGUAAAGAAGAGUCCUAAGAGAAUAUUCCAGAACCCAGAUUUAGAUAUAACCAACGAAAACGAAGGUAAUACAAGUACUAGCAGCCCUAAGGCUGAUAAAGUGAAGAAACACCUAAAAGGUGAGUUAGAAGCUACUGUUAGCCCUAAAAAUAAUUCUAAAGCAGCUAAAACACCCGAUGCUAAGCAACGGGAAUCACCAUCGCCUAAGAAAAAGGCUGUAAACGGUGAUAUGAAUAAUUCGGUUGGAGAUAUUGUUAGUUCUAAUGAAUUGACGCCUAAAAAGAACAAAAAGAAACGCAACUCUAUUGCAGAGAGUCAAAGUGUCACUGAAUGUAUAGAAACAAAUCAGUCUGAAGCAACACCGAAGAAAAAUAAAAAGAAAGUAAAUUCAAUUUUAGAGGUUAGUCAAAAUGUCAUUCAGUCACCGAAAAAGGGUAAAAACCAAAAUAAAGAAAAUGUAAACAAUACUGAAACUACAAAUGAAGAUGCAGAAAGUGUUAAAACUCUGAAAAAAAAGAAGAAGAAUAAAAAUAAAGCACAAAACACAGAACCAGAAGAAAGCGAGAAUACUGUAAAUGAUGUAAAUAGUGAACACAUUGAAUCUGAAGCAGGCAGUCCCAAAAAGAAGAAUAAAAAACGCAAGAAACAACAAACUGAUACAGAACAAAAUGAGAGUAAACCCAAAAAUAAAAAAAUAAAAGUGAAUCCAAAUGCCAUAACCGACAAAGAUUCAGAUUCUGAGCAUGAAUCUGACAACGAAAUUGAAUCCGAAACCGAGGAAAAUAAUAAAGAAGUCCUUGAAAAGUCAGCCGAACCGGAAGAACCGAGUUCUGAUGAAGAAGAUACUUCUUCGCCAAAGAAAAAAGAGAAAGUGGAAAGUCAAGAGACAGAGAAAGUAAGAGAGAUAAAUACAGUGGAAGAAAUUAAGAGGACAUUGUUUGUAGGCAAUGUGCCGUUUAGUAAGAAGUGUAAAAAGGAGAUUAAGAAGAUUUUUAGUAAAUACGGACAGAUUGAAAGUGUUAGGAUACGCACAGUCCCAGUGAAAGACCCCAGUGUGACCCCAAAACUGGCUGUGAUCAAGCAGGAGCUGCAUCCGGAGAGGACCACCGUCAAUGUCUAUGUCAAGUUCUCUGACCCACAGUGUGUUGAACAAGCGCUAGCAGAAAACAACACAGUCCUAAACAACAACCACCUCCGCGUGACCCGCAGCGGCAGCACCGGCGCCGAGCACGACCCGAGACACUCCGUGUUCGUGGGCAACAUACCCUUCGCUUUGGAAGACGAGGGGCUGAGAGAGAAGUUCGACAAAUGUGGGGAAAUUGAGUCGGUUAGGAUAGUGAGGGACAAGAAGACCAAUGCUGGGAAAGGUUUCGGCUACGUCAAUUUCACUUCGCGAGACGGUGUGGAACUAGCACUCGCUUUGACAGAUGAAGAUCUGACAAUCAAAAACAGAAUCAUGCGAGUCAAGAGAUGCACGCAGGUCACACAGCGACAGGCACAGAAGGGGAAUAACAGGCAAGUUUCAACCUUAAUACUAGGGGAUAAGGUAGCGAAUAAAAUAUUCUACAAUAGAAGUAUCCCGAAAACUCUAGUUAUAGAGUUGCCGGGCUUUCAAGGAAAGAAAAUCAGUCAAGGCGACAGGCAAAGAAACCAAGUAGCAGGCAAAUUCAACCAAGGUCGAAAUCCAGGAAAAUUCCAGGGAAACAGGGGUGGGAAUGUCCAAGGGAAUAGAGGGAAUUUCCAAAACAGAGGUGGGAAUUUCCAAAAGGGGGGGAAUUUCCAAGGAAGGGGUGGAAAUAGUUUUGGAAGACAGAAUGAUGGUGAUAAGCCGGAUGGGGCUCAUAGAAGGUUGCUGCAUAAGAGAAAGAGUCAGGAGGGCGCUGACGACCAGCCGAGAGAGAAAAAAACCAGGAAGGAGUUUGUGGGCAUGACGGCUGAGAAGAAGAAGAAACGCAAGUUUGACAAGGGCCAGAAGAAGAAAAAGGCUCUAAGCGAGAUUUUAACGAAAUAAUUUUAAACUAAGUCAUGUGAUUCGAUUAUAUGUUGUGUCAAUAAAAUUGUUCCCUUU